CGGACUUUACUCUGGAUUGCCCCAGUAACUCCUAUGUUCAUUCUAUUUUAUCCCACCAAUUAAAAACAAUAUAAUUUUUAAUAUAUUUUAAUCAGAAACGUGGUGAAAAUCGAAAUUGCCCUUAAUGAAACUAAGUAUUUACAGGAUCCAACCUAAACUAUUUGACUCGACCCACUAUUAGUCGGAUCCCUAACCAGAUCCGCGCGUUCUUUUCUUUUUUCUCUUCCUUUGUCGUCUCUCACUCUCUUCUAAACCUUCUAAACCUGAAAAUUGAAAAAAAAUCCUAGAACCGACGAAAACGAUGAAGCUCACCGCAUCGACUGCUUCCUUCACUGUUUCUUCUCUGAUUUUCCCUUAGUCCCUCGUGCCCUUCCUUGUUAGAUUUCAUCAUUUCCCCAAAUCAGUCUGUAACCCUAGAUUUGACGAAAUCAAUUGAAAAAAUUGAUCGAAUCAACUGCUCCUGCGGCGUAUUCUAUUCUCCCGCUCCUUCUGUCGGCGACGCAAUCGACGGAACCCUAGACUUCAUCUCCCAUCUCCUGUUUUCGUUCUCGUCUCUUCCGUGUAAAAGGUAUGUUCUCUCUCAAAUUUUUGAUUGAUUUUGUUGUGGGUUUGGGUUUGAAAGUCCGUUUGAAAGUAUUGUGGUUGAAAAUCGGUUAGGUUCAGAUUUUUUUCAGAAUGAGGAUUACAGAGACUGAAACUUGGACACGUUUGGUUUUGAGGUUAUAGAGAUUGAAAGUUUGGUUUCAGAUUUGAGAUAAGUCUAGUGAUUAUUGAAGACUAACUGUUUUGGUGAUAGAGUGUCCUAGACUGUUUGAUAUGUGAAACCGAGUUGAGUGAUUGAUUAAUUGUGAUGUAGUGAUCGAAUUGAUUGGUUGGAGUUUUAUUAUUGAAUGAAUGAUUUAGGGUUUUGAGAUCAGACAGCUAUAAGAAUCAAUGAUUUAUUUUGUAGAUAUUUCAUUGAAUGGGUUUGUUAGCGUUGGUGGUUAUUGAACGUUUAUUGUGUAUGUAUAUAUUCAGGGGAUCAAGAUAUUGAGAGGCUAUAGAUAAUGGCAGGCCGAGGUCGAGGGAGAAAAAAAUCUCAGCAGAAAAAGUCCACAAAAAGAAACAGUGCUCCUGUAGAAGAGCAGCAUGUAGAAGAACUUUCAACAGAGAAUGAUAGUGAUGAUCUGUCAGCACACGGAAUUGAGUCUGAUAAUCAGGGAACCGAUAAUCAGUCUGCAUCAUCUCAGGAGUGCCAACCACUGCCACCUGAUGAGCUAUGUUUCAAGAACACCGAGUUCACCCAGACGUGUAAGAUACAGAGCAAGUGUUAUGUGACCGAGACGGUGAAGUUUCUGAAGAAGGCUAGGUUUAAGCCUGAGCUCCAGUGGUUUGAAAACCACCCUCAGUUUUGCCAUUUUUUCCACAUGCCCGAUGAACCAAACUUGAAGCUGCAGGGUAUGUGGAUGCUUCUACUGCGCACUGUUCCUUUACAUGAGUCAGAGGACACAUCUUGGUUUGCUGUUAAUGGAGUGCCCAUUCGGUAUUCAAUGAGAGAGCAUGCUCUCAUCUCGGGAUUGGACUGCCAUGACUACCCGGCUAAGUAUAAGAAGAUUGGAAGCUUUGCGUUUGUAGACAGGCAUUUCAAAUCACAUAAGGAGAUCACUAUGCUAUCUGUGAGAGAGAAGUUGUUGAGUAUGAGUGCGUGUGGGGAUCGGCUCAAAAUGGCAGUGCUUUACUUCUUAGGCACGAUUAUCAGAGGGAAGGGAAGGUAUAAUGCCCCGUUCGACCCUUUCAUAUUAAGAAUCGUCAACGAUGUGGAGGUUUGUAAAACCUUUCCUUGGGGUCGGUUGACGUUUGAAGAUGCUCUCCGGUCCAUCACUCGCGUGAUGAAGCAUCUGAAAGGGAAACCUAAGAAUAAUGUCAACUUUCCCGGGUUCAUAAUUCCUUUGGAGAUUCUGGCAUUUGAGUGUAUCCCAGCUCUGAAAGCACGAUUUAGAGAAGGUGUAGAAGGCUGUAUGAGUAAGUGUCCGAGGAUGUGUAAAAAGCGGUUCCAAAGUAACAGCAUGAAGGGCUAUCCUCUUGAGGAUUUGUACGACACACUUGGAGAAAUUAAGGUUAUUGAAAGUGUUCUUGUUCCUACUGUUGAUGAGGAACUUAUGUAAGAAGUUAUGUUUUGUUGCUUGUUGGUCUGUAAAACUUGAAUGAUAUCUCUUAUGUAGGAUGUUCUGUGUUGUGUGAUUGUCUUGCAGCAGGUUUGGCCCAAUUGAGGACAAAAUGAUCUAAGUCUUAAGAAAGCACAUUUGUACUA